AUGGCCAAACUGGGCACAAUGCCACCCCAACAUGCUGCCAAGCCAGUCGACGAACACGCCGCCCAUUUGAUCCGCGAGGACAACGUCCCCAUCCAGACGCAAAAGCCAUUCACCACCCUCUCCGCCAUCGGCAUCGGCUACGGCGUCACCAACACGGCCGUCGGCAUCCCGCUCAUCCUCAGCACCGCCAUGGCAGCCGUCGGCCUCGCCAUGGCAGCCGUCGGCCUCGCCACGGCCACCACCCUCGCCGAGCUCGUCUCCGCGAUGCCUCACCCCGGCGGCCAGUACAUCUGGGUCAACGCCCUGGCGCCCAAGAGAUACCGCCGCGGCCUGUCCUACACCACGGCCAUGAUUAGCUGGGUCGCCGCCGUGGCCACCGGCUCCUCGGGCAACCUGUCCGUUCCCCUAAACGCCUUCUCCAUCGUGACGCUUCUCCAGCCGGAUUUCAUCUACCGCCGGUGGAUGGGGUUCGCGGCCUUUCAGGCCAUCAACGUAGUCACCUGCUUUGGCGCCUGCUUCGAGCACGCGCUGCCCAAGCUGUCCAAGGCGUUUUUGCUGUUCAACAUCGUCUCCGUGGGCGUCAUCAUCGUGGCGCUGUUCGCCAUGGCCGACGCCCGCACGAGCGCCAAGGACUUUUUCACCACUGUGAAUACCUCCGGGUGGCCGGAUGGCGUGGCUUUUAUUAUUGGUCUGAACGGAGCGAACUGGUGCUUCUCGUGCCUUGACGUUGCUACACACCUGGCUGAGGAGAUUCCCUCCCCCGGGACAAAUAUCCCCAAAGCCCUGCUCUGGACCAUCUUUAUAGCAUCCACCAGCGGCCUCUUGGUCGUCUUGGCGGUUCUUGUGAACCUGGGUCCUGUGGAUGUGAGCGACUACUCGGGGAUCGGCAUCUUCUACCGCAUCACGGGCAGCAAGGCGGCUGCUAUUGGCCUCUGGAUCCCCGUUCUUAUUCUUGUCCUGGCGUCCGUAUGGUCCAUCCAGACGUGGCAGUCUCGGCUGGCGUGGACAAUCAGCCGCGAGUCUGGGUUCCCGCUGCACCGGCACUUUAGCAAGAUCUUCCCGGCGCCCUUUUACACGCCCAUCUGGUCGCUGGUGGGUUCUGCCGUUGGCACGGCCCUGUUUGGUUGUUUGUAUCUUGCGUCUGAGCUGGCCUUUAACUCGCUCAUCGCAACGGGUAUUCUGCUCCAGUAUAUUAGCUAUAGUAUCCCUACUGUACUGGUUUUGUGGCAGGGCAGGGGCAACUUUCGGCACGGCCAGUUUUGGUAUCCCAAGUUGGGUCUCGUUGCUAAUUUCAUAAUGCUGGCGUGGACGGUGGUGGCUUUCAUCUUUUAUUGCUUUCCUGCGAAUGCACAGGUACGUCCGAGCCAGAUGAAUUAUGUUUCGGGCGUUUUGGUCGUCAUUGCCACGUUUAUUGCUGCGCUUUGGAUUCUCUACGCUAAGAAGAAUUAUAGGGUUAUGGAGAUUUAG